AUGUUUGCCAUGCGGAAGCCGUCUAAACGGCGACGACGGCAACCAACACCCGUCCGUCGAUGGCAAGUUUCAAUAUCCCUAUCAUUUCUCGUCGCUCUUUUCAGUGUCGUCCGCGCGCAGAACGGUCUUUUUUCCGAUGUCUUCAGCCCCGAUUCAAUCAUGGGAGCGAGCGCGGCCGGACGCGGAGCACCCACUUCUACUCCUCCCGGCUUUUCUGACCAGUCGGCGUACGUCGGGCUGUCCGCGGCCGGCGCCUUAGUAGCUGUCGGAGACUUUGACCGCGACCGCUUUGUCGACCUCGUCAUGCUCAAUUCGCAAACAUUGCGAGACCUUUCUAUUCUCUUCUGGGACCACGAUGCCUUUGCGUUUCGACAUCGAGGGCAUGGCGUGCGACUCAGUGAAUUCGACGAACAGGACAAGAAGUUCGGCGUCAAACCAAUGGGGAAGGUCGUUGGUGUACAUGUCGCCGAUUUUGGCAAUGAUGGAACCCUCGAUGUGCUGCUUCAUGACGACACACAAGGAAGGUUGUUCUUUGGAGAUGGUCACGGUAACUUUAAUGCGAGCUCCCCGAUCAUCAUCCCAGAAUUGCCCUUGGAAUCCGCCGUGGUUGAUGCGAAUGCUGACUUGAUUCCGGAUGUAUUUGUGGCGUUUCGCAACGGCACACGCGGGUUUUGGGUCUUUGAAAGAGAAACAGCUACAAAGGAGGAAGGUGACGACGAGCCAUUGUCACAAGAAGGGAAGAUGGUUUUCAGGCCGUGGGUCGGCGGCGCAAAUCGCGCGUCGGAUGGAACAGACUGCGUCGUUUUGGAUCCUGUAUCCAUUUCGUUUGUGGAUAUGGACGGUGACUGCUUACCUGAUCUUGUCAUUCCAACUUCCUGCGGGAUUGAGGUUUGGAGCAAUCCUGCCACCUCGGAUCGAAGCUUCUGGGACCUUGCUGUGAGUCGCACGAGCGCGGAAUCGGACUUGAAAUUGAUCGGACUCGAGGUCUUUAACAACGCACAUGGAGACCAGUCCAUGGUUUUCGCCGAUUUCAACAGUGAUGGCGCUAUUGACAUUGGCGUCCCGAACAGCAACAGACGCGAUUUACUAAUACAUUUGAACAUCCAGAAAAAGCGGACUGCAGACGCUUUGUGUGCAAGAGACUCAGAAUGGACUCUUGCGAGACGUAUCGGCCUCAGCUCCGGACUGAACUUGGGUGUCAGGAAGAUCGGCCGCUUCUUUGGCAGUAUUGGAGUACCACCUUCCCUCCACAUCGGGGACUAUGAUCUAGACGGGAUGCCGGAUAUUAUGGUAAUAGACAGCUCCUCGAAGCGGCCUGUAUUGUUCCGAAACGAAGGAAAGUGGGACAACAAACACAACAGUCAGUCUCAUUUUGCAAGGAUGAAUGCGAACGAUGAGGCAGGUCUCUCCUCUGGAAAUAGUGGGGCAGUCACGGCCAUGUUUUUCGACACGGAUGAAAGCGGACGCCAAGAUAUAUUAGUGGUGCGAGGCAGCAACGAAACUCGUCUAAUAUGGAAUCAGCUGCAGCAACAGUCAGAUUCACUCUUCUUCAAGGGAACAAUGCUGAGCGGCCGGCCAUACCGAAGCGUACCGAGACCAUUUUCUCCUGUUCCAGGCAACACUUUUAAGCUAUCCUACAUUGAACGAGGUAGUCGCUCGCAUGUGACGAGGACGUGUUCGCAAUGCUCGCAAGGAGGGCUCUGGCAGCUCCGCACAUGCAAUUGUCAAUUUGGGUUGAUGCAAAUCGCAAACUACAUCGAAACACUUUGGGCUGGAGGUGGAGCGGGAACACGGGCGUGGACAAAUCUGAUGCCCAACUCAAUGGCUGUGAUUUGGGCGGAGACAGCAGAAAGACGUGGGGACACGAGCUUGUGGUGGAUGGAGUAUUUCACGCAGAGACGCGGAAGCCAAAUGCUGCGAAUCUCUGCGCUCCUUAUAGCAUCGCUAGCAGUGCUGGCAGUUGCGAUUCUAGUGUUGCAGCAGCGAGAACGGAAGCAAGAUCGAGAGUACGACGAACAAGAGAGAGUACAGCUCUUUAACUUUGCGUAGCGUGAAGAACACAAACUUAACAAAAUGUAUACAUAGUAGGAGGGGUCUCUAUGGCACCGAGAUUCAAAAGUUGCAACAAACAUGUUUGCAGCAUCUAAUCUCGUAAUUUGGUGCUUUGAGAAUCGGAAUGAGGUAUAACUUAUUAUCAUAAAGCAGGCAUGCACCAGA